UGAGAGAGACAGUGUCCAUCUCCUCAUUGCUCUCUAAUUCAUUAGAUGAGAGAAUAAUGAAUGCCUCACACACACACACCUUAUUGUCCUAUACCACCAGAAUAUUCUAUUUUCCAUAUGUGUAAAAUGUUGCCUGGUUUGUGCAUAAAGCGUUUAACAGAAUAAAUUCCCUUUCGUAUGGAUGAAGAACUGUGUGUGUGUUUCUAUGUGGAGGUGGUCAUUUUAUACACACAGAGAUAGUGGACCAAUUACGUGCUCCGUUGAGAGCGAGAGAGAGAGAGAACUCCUACACCGUGUUCUUUUGGAAACCGAACGGAGUUCUGUCUCUCUCUCUCUAUUCUUCCUCCGUUCUCUCUCUCCCUCUUCUUCUCCUCCUCAAGCCUCUCUUCCUCAGUUGUAACCGUGGGGUUUCGUAGAGAGCCGUAGUACAGUAAGCGACGGUAACUAGGUACGAGCUCCGGGACAUUUCUCCCGGUCUCCAGAGCCUGGAUGUCAACCAGCGGCUCCUCUUCUCUGCGGAAAGACUUCGAUGUGAAGCAGAUCCUCCGGAGUCGAUGGAGGUGGUUCGGUCACCCGGCUGUUCCCCCGCCCCACAACCCCCCGCUAGGAGACUUCUUUACCGGGAGAGGAACAGGAGCCAGCCCCGGAGAGUACCAGAGCCCCUCUGUUAGUGUCUGUUCUACCAGUAACGGAACCGGUACAGGAAAUAACUGCAUAGUAGCAGUUGGAACUAGCGGUAACGGUAGUUGUAGUGGUAAUAGUUCAUGCAACGCCAAUAACUGCAAAUUUAUGGAUAAUUCUGUUGGGAGUCCCACUGAUAACCUCCCGGUAACAGCGUUUGCAGCCGCGGCAGCUGGACAUUCCUCUUGUCCGCGGUCCUUCAGCCAACCGGAGUGGGUCACCCGGUUGUCUGUCUCUCACUCUCGGCCGGUAACAGACGUAGAGCGCCCCGCGGACGGCUCGUCGCUCCUCCAACCGGCGGUACCGGAGGCGUUUGUUCCCGUGGCUGAAGAGGAGACGGGACUGACCGGAACCGAGAGUAAUAAUAACCGCGACGACACUGCCUCCAGCUCCUGCAGGACUUCCAACAGCAGCGCAACGCUGUCCUCAUGUGUGUCGAUGGAACCGUGUGUGUCCCCCGACGAGUGUGUGUCCCCCGACGAGUGUGUGUCCCCCGACGAGUGUGUGUACACGGCUCACGCACACGCAGACCUGACCUUCAGCAGGAUGGAGACCUACCUCCGAACCAAGCAGCUGUGUGACGUCACUCUGGUGGCAGGGGACAGGAGGAUACCUGCUCACAGACUGGUCCUGUCGUCGGUGUCUGACUACUUUGCGGCCAUGUUCACCAGUGAUGUCCGAGAGGCCAAACAGGAAGAGGUUAAGAUGGAGGGGGUGGACCCUGAUGCAUUGUGGGUGCUGGUACAAUACGCUUACACAGGUCGUGUGGAGUUGAGAGAGGACACUAUAGAGUGUAUAUUGUCAGUAGCAUGUCUCCUCCAGCUCCAGUCAGUGGUCCAGGCCUGCUGUAACUUCCUCAUCAAACAGCUCCACCCGUCUAACUGUCUGGGGAUACGCAGCUACGCAGACACACAGAGCUGUACAGACCUCCACCACACUGCCCACAGCUACACCAUGGAGAAGUUUGUGGAUGUGGUUAAAGGACAGGAGUUUCUCCUCCUCCCGCUAGAAGAGAUGGACAGAUUGUUGUCCUCCGACGAUAUGAAUGUUCCAGACGAGGAAACCAUGGUUACAGCAUUGCUAAGCUGGGUCCGCCAUGACGUUUCCACCCGGCAACUACACCUGCCCUCGCUCCUCGCUCACAUACGACUGCCUUUACUGCAAGCACAGUUUCUAGCAGACCUGGAGUGUAACCCUCUGCUCCGAGACAGUGUGGAGAGUCAGAGGCUUUUAAUGGAAGGUAUGAAGUACCAUCUCCUACCUCAUCGGCGCCCCCUGCUGCAGAGCCCCAGAACCAGACCUCGUAAAUCUACUGUAGGAGCCAUGUUCGCUGUUGGGGGAAUGGACGCUAGCAAAGGAGCCACCAGUAUAGAGCAGUACUGCCUGCGUCGGGAUGCGUGGAGCCAGGUGGCGGUGUUGAGCGGGCGCAGACUCCAGUUCGGGGUGUGUGUGCUGGAUCGACGUCUCUACGUGGUCGGGGGUCGGGAUGGACUGAAGACCCUCAACACCGUGGAGUGUUACGACCCGGACGGUGGCAGCUGGAGCGUCAUGACGCCCAUGUCCACACACAGACACGGGCUGGGUGUGACAGUACUUGAGGGUCCAAUGUAUGCAGUAGGAGGGCAUGAUGGGUGGAGCUACCUCAGCACUGUAGAGAGGUGGGAUCCUCAGGCUCGUCAGUGGAGCUUCAUCGCCAGCAUGGCAACACCUCGAUCUACUGUAGGAGUAGCUGUACUCAGCGGAAAGUUGUAUGCAGUAGGGGGUCGUGAUGGAAGCUCCUGUCUGCGCUCCGUUGAGUGUUUUGAUCCCCACACCAACAGGUGGAGCUGCUGCGCUCCGAUGGCGAAGCGUCGCGGCGGGGUGGGCGUGGCUACCUGGAACGGUUUCCUGUACGCUAUUGGAGGACAUGACGCUCCCGCCUCCAGCCUGGCAUCACGACUCAGCGACUGUGUGGAGAGGUACGACCCCCAGACUGAUGCGUGGACGGCGGUAGCCCCCAUGAGCGUCAGUCGUGACGCUGUCGGUGUGUGUCUCCUUGGAGACUGUCUCUAUGCGGUCGGUGGUUACGAUGGAACGGUGUACCUGAACACUGUCGAGGCCUACGAUCCCCAGACCAACGAGUGGACACAGGUGGCUCCACUGUGUCUGGGCCGGGCUGGGGCCUGUGUGGUGGCUGUCAAACUGUGAACACACACACACCUGAACACACCUGAACACUCACACACCUGAACACUCACACACCUGAACACUCACACACCUGAACACACCUGAACACUCUUUGGACCCUCCCCAUUCCUCCUUGUCUCCAGGGUUACCUCCAGUGGGAGUUUAACUGAAACAUUCCACUAAAACCAGGAGGACAUUAUAGACAUUGAGUUGGAGAGGAGAUUACUGACUACAGAUUGAAGAGCUCUCUCUGUCUCUCUCCUCCCCUCUCUGUCUCUCUCCUCCCCUCUCUGUCUCUCUCCUCCCCUCUCUGUCUCUCUCCUCCCCUCUCUGUCUCUCUCCUCCCCUCUCUGUCUCUCUC